AUGGCUAUAAACAACCGCUUUGAACCUUCUGGACAAGAAUGGACAAGUACAAGAAGGAGAGUGAAAUAUAUACUUAACAAUCAGGAUUCUAGUAAAUUCAGAUGUUGGUCUUCGGAGUUCUCCGGGGCCAGCAGCUGCCUGACCAGGGGCCCGGGGCCACGGGCUCAGCCGACGACCAUAGGCUCCGUGUCCACCCAGCAGUUUGCAGGUGGCUGCGCCAAGGCGGCAGAAGAGGCACCCGAGGAGGCGCCGGAGGAUGCGGCCCGGGCGGCGGACGAGGCUCAGCUGCUGCACGGUGAGGGCAUCUGUAAGUGGUUCAACUUGCACAUGGGAUUCGGCUUACUGUCCGUGACCGCCCGCGCCGUGGUCGCGCUCGACCCGCCAGUGGACGUCUUUGUGCACCAGAGUAAGCUGCCCAUGGAAGGCUUCCGGAGCUUGAAGGAGGGUGAAGCAGUGGAAUUCACCUUUAAGAAGUCAGCCAAGGGUCUGGAAUCCAUCCGUGUCACCGGACCUGGUGGGGCGUUCCGUAUUGGGAGUGAGAGGUAGCCAAAGGGGAAGAACAUGCAAAAGCGCAGAUCAAAAGACAGGUGCUACAACUGUGGAGGUCUAGACCAUCAUGCCAAGGAAUGCAAGAUGCCACCCCAGGCCAAGAAGUGCCACUUCUGCCAGAGCAUCAGUCAUAUGGUAGCUUCAUGUCCACUGAAGGCCCAGCAGGGCCCUAGCGCACAGGGAAAGCCAACGUACUUUCAGGAGGAAGAAGAAAUCCACAGCCCUGCCCUGCUCCCGGAGGCGCAGAAUUGAGCCACAAUGGGUGGGGGCUAUUCUUUUGCUAUCAGGAAGUUUUGAGGAGCAGGCAGAGUGGAGAAAGUGGGAAUAGGGUACAUUGGGGCUAGUUGGCACUGCCAUGUUUCUCAGGCUGGGGUUCACACCAUCACCCUUUCUUCCCUCUGUUGGGGGAAAGGGUGAGUCAAAGGAACUCCAACCGUGCUCUGUCCAAAUACAAGUGAGGGUUCUGGGGGCAACCAGGAGGUGGGAAUCACCCUACAAUCUGCAUGCUUUAUCUGAGGCUCCAUCCCCAGAAUUUCCAGCUUUUGAAAGUGGCCUGGAUAGGGAAGUUGUUUUCCUUUAAAGAAGGAUAUGUAAUAAUUCCCAUGCCAGAGUGAAAUGAUUAAGUAUAAGACCAGAUUGAUGGAGCCAAGCCACUGCAUCCUGUGGAAGGAAAUCUAUCAGGAGUAAGGCAGUGUUUUUUUAACAUCUUGUAUCCAUAUACCCACUUUUGGGAUAGGGUGCUGGCAACUGUCCCAAGCAAUGGGUAGUGAUGAUGGCAGAAAGGAUGUUUGGGGGAACAGCUGCAGACCUGCUGCUCCUAUGCUUACCCCUGCCCCAUUCUAGGCCAAUGUGAUUUUAUUUAUUUGCUCCCUUUGAUACUGCACCUUGAGUCCCACUUUCUCCAGGAUGCCAACUGAACUAGCUGUGUGCAAAUGAUGUAUCUUGUGCAGUUUAACUUUUUUUUCCUUAAUAUAAAUAUUCUGGUUUUGUAUUUUUGUAUAUUUUAGUCUGAGGCCAUCAUUUCCUGCACUGUAUUCUCAGGUGCAUGAGCAAUCUCAGGGAUAAGUCGGCAGCAGCUUGAGUUCUGCACAGCAGGAAUACUUAUUAUUAUACUUUAAGUUCUAGGGUACAUAUGCACAACGUGCAGGUUUGUUACAUAUGUAUACAUGUGCCAUGUUGGUGUGCUGCACCUGUUAACUUGUCAUUUACAUUAGGUAUAUCUCCUAAUGCUAUCCCUUGCCCCUCUCCUGACCCAACUAUACUACAAGGCUACAGUAACCAGAACAGCAUGGUUCUGGUACCAAAACAGAGAUAAUAUGACCAAUGGAACAGAACAGAGCCCUCAGAAAUAAUACCACACAUCUACAACCAUCUGAUCUUGGACAAACCUGACAAAAACAAGAAAUGGGGAAAGGAUUCCCUAUUUAAUAAAUGGUGCUGGGAAAACUGGCUAGCCAUAUGUAGAAAGCUGAAACUGGAUCCCUUCCUUACACCUUAUACAAAAAUUAAUUCAGGAUUAAAGACUUAAAUAUUAGACCUACAACCAUAAAAACCCUAGAAGAAAACCUAGGCAAUACCAUUCAGGACAUAGGCAUGGGCAAGGACUUCAUGUCUAAAACACCAAAAGCAAUGGCAGCAAAAGCCAAAAUUGACAAAUGGGAUCUAAUUAAACUAAAGAGCUUCUGCACAGCAAAAGAAACUACCAUCAGAGUGAACAGGCAACCUACAGAAUGGGAGAAAAUUUUUGCAGUCUACCCAUCUGACAAAUGGCUAAUAUCCAGAAUCUACAAAGAACUUAAAAACAUUUACAAGAAAAAAUCAAACAACCUCAUCAACAAGUGGGCGAAGGGUAUGAACAGACACGUCUCAAAAGAAGACAUUUAUGAAGCCAACAGACACAUGAAAAAAUGCUCAUCAUCACUGGCCAUCAGAGAAAUGCAAAUCAAAACCACAAUGAGAUACCAUCUCAUACCAGUUAGAAUGGCCAUUAAAAAGUCAGGAAACAACAGGUACUGGAGAGGAUGUGGAGAAAUAGGAACACUUUUACACUGUUGGUGGGACUGUAGACUAGUUCAACCAUUGUGGAAGAUAGUGUGGCAAUUCCUCAAGGAUCUAGAACUAGAAAUACCAUUUGACCCAGCCAUCCCAUUACUGGGUAUAUACCCAAAGGAUUAUAAAUCAUGCUACUAUAAAGACACAUGUACACGUAUGUUUAUUGUGGCAGUAUUUACAAUAGCAAAGACUUGGAAUCAACCCAAAUGCCCAAAAAUGAUAGACUGGAUUAAGAAAAUGUGGCAUAUAUACUCCAUGGUAUACUAUGCAGCCAUAAAAAAUGAUGAGUUCAUGUCCUUUGUAGGGACAUGGAUGAAGCUGGAAACCAUCAUUCUCAGCAAACUAUCACAAGGACAGAAAACCAAACACCACGUAUUCUCACUCAUAGGUGGGAAUUGAACAAUGAGAACACUUGGACACAGGAAGGGGAACAUCAUACACCAGAGACUAAAACUAUACUUUUUGUUGUUUUUGCCACUGUGGAGAUUGAUUAUUUGGAGUGCACAGCCUAUUGAACUACCUCAUUUCUACCAAUGAGAGCUGGCUUUUCUGCCAUAGUGUCCUCUUGAAACCCCCUCUGCCUUGAAAAUGUUUUAUGGGAGACUAGGUUUUAACUGGGUUGCCCCAUGACUUGAUUGCCUCCUACUGGAAGAUUGGGAAUUAGUCUAAACAGUAAAUGGUGGUACAGAGAGGCUAGGAGAGACUGGGCCAGGUGAAAGGCCCAGAGAGGAAGCCACGAUUAGGUGAGGGUUGACUAAUCCUAGGGCACAGGACAUGCUUUACACCCCAGUUCCAUUCUUCACCAGAUUAGGCUAGGCCUUCCAUGCACAACAGGGUAUGUGUGCUCAUAAAACUGGAGUUGGUAAGGAUAAGUUUUAAGACCAAUACCCUUAUACUUAAUCCUGUGCUGUCGAGGGAUGGAUAUAUGAAGUAAGGUAUCCUUAACCUUUCAAAAUUCAUGGGUUCCAGGUAGACACAUAAGCAAGGGCUUUGUGGUGCCUGGGACCUGCGUCCCGCCCUGCUGCAGUAGUGAUUAAUAUUGUCACGGUAGCUAAAGGAGAAAAAGGGGAUUUCGUUUAUAUGCUGUGAGAUCACCGCAAACCUACCUCACUGUGUUGAAACAGGACAAAUGCAAUAGAACGCAUUGGGUGGUGUGUGUCUGAUCCUGGGUUCUUGUCUCCCCUAAAUGCUGCCCCCCCCAGUUAUUGUAUUUGUCUGGGCUUUAUAGGAUUUCACUAAAUUGGUGAUUGCUAGGUGGCCUAGUUUGUAUAAGUAUAAUGUAUUAAUCUUUCUCCGUGUUCUUUGGGGGUUUUGUUUACAAACUUCUUUUUGUAUUGAAAGAAAAAUAGCUAAAGCAUCUUUGACAGAAGGUUCUAUACCAGGCAAAAAGAUCUGAAACAUUAGUUUGGGGGGGCCCUCUUCUUAAAGUGGGGAUCUUGAACUGUCCUUUGUUUUGUAUUCCCCUUCCCCUAUUACCUAUUAGACCAGAUCUUCUGUCCUAAAAACUUGUCUUCUAUCCUGCCCUCUUUUCUCUUCAUCCCCAAAAGAAAACUUACACACCCACACACAUACACAUUUAAUGUUUGGAGUGUCUCCACAACUCUUAAACGAUGUAUGCAAAAAUCCUGAAGAAGCUAAGAAAACCCUCCAUCCCUUGUUCCCAACUUCCUGAGUCAAGACCAUUACCCAUCCUUUCCCUUCCCUUUCCCCUUCCCCUUCCCUUCCCUUCAUCUUGCUCUGUUGCCCAGGCUGGAGUGCAGUGGCAUGCUCUUGGCUCACUGCAGCCUCCGCCUCUUGGGUUCAGGUGGUUCUCCUGCCUCAGCCUCCUGAGUGGCUGGGAUUACACGCGCCCGCCACACCCAGCUAAUUUUUGUAUUUUUAGUGGAGAUGGGGUUUCAUCGUGUUGUCCAGGCUGGUCUUGAGCUCCUGACCUCAAGUGAUCUGCCCGCCUCAGCCUCCCGGGGUGCUGGGAUUGCAGGUGUGAGCCACCGUGCCGGGCUGACCAUUUCUUGAUGUAUUCAUGCCAAACACUUAAGACACUGCUGUAGCCCGGGCAUGGUGGCUCACACCUGUGGUCCCAGCACUUUCGCAGGCUGAGGUGGGCGGAUCAUGUGUUCGGGAGUUCGGGACCAUCCUGGCCAGCAUGGUGAAACCCCAUCUCUGCUAAAAUACAGAAGAUUAGCCAGGUGUGGUGGCGCAUGCCUGUGGUCUCAGCUGCUCGGGAGGGAGGCUGGGGCAGGGGAAUCGCUUGGGCCAGGCGGUGGAGGGUAGGCGCAUGGAGGUUGCAGUGGGCUGAGUUCGCGCCACCGCACUCCAGCUUGGCAACAGAGCGGGACUCCGUCUCAAAAAAAAAAAAAAAAAAGACACUGCUGUAUUUUGGAUGGCUCAAACCUACUUAAUUUUUACUCCUAAAGUAGAGAGAUGCAACUGGGGGCCUUCCAUGUAGAAAUUGAGGUCAGCAGGCCAAGAAAGAGAAUAUGAAUGUAUAUACAAGUCACUCAGGAACUUUUAUACAGAAACUUAUGUCAAAGUGGCCACAAGAUUGUUUAAUAGGAGACAAAUGAAUGUAACUCUAUGUUUACUGCUAGAAACCAAAGCUUUGUGUAAAAUCUUGAAUUUAUGGGGAGGGAGGGUAGGAAAGCCUGUAGCUGUCUGUUCUUUUCCUGAUCCCUUUCCCUCGUUCCUGAACUGCAGGAGACUGAGCCCCUUUGGGCUUUGGUGAUCCCAUCACUGGGGUGUGUUUAUUUGAUGGUUGAUUUUGCUGUACUGGGUAUUUCCUUUCCCAUUUUCUAGUCAUUUUUUUAACACAUGCUGACGCUUCCAUUUCCUUCUCCUUUCCCUGGGAAAAUACAAUGAAUAAAUAAAGGCUUGUUGGUACUCAUACUGUAAAAAAAAAUUCAGAUGUUAAAAAACUUCUAAUAUAUUAUAAAACAGUCAAAUUUUCCCCCAAGGAGUUAGCAAGGUCAAACAUAUGAACAUAUGUACAAAUAUUUUAGUUAAUGGAACUGGAGGCCAUUAUCCUAACUGAAAUAUCUCAGAAACAGAAAGUCAAAUACUUCAUGUUUCCACUUAUAAGUGGGAGCUAAACAAUGGGUACAUGUGGUCCUACAGAGUGAAAUAAUAGACACUGGCGAUUACAGAAGGUGGGAGGGUAAAAGGAGGGUCAGGCUCAAAAAAAUUACCUGUUGGGUACAACGUUCGCUAUUCAGAAGAUGGGUAUGCUAAAAGCCCAGACUUCACCACGACACAAUGAAUGUGAAACCUGCACUUGUACUCUCUAAAAAAAAGAAAAAAUUCCCAAAACACUAAAAACUAGAUACAUUUAAAACAGACACAUGAAAAUUAUUAAAGUGUUCAGCUAACAAUACAGUAAAAACUGUAUUCAUUUUAAAAAAACUUUCAACUUUUGUUUUUGAUUUAGGGUAUACAUGUACAAGAUUGUUAUAAGGGUAUACUUCAUGGUGCUGAGACUUGGGGAACAACUGAACCCGUUAUCCAGAUAGUGAGCAUAGUAUCCAGUAGGUAGUUUCUCAUCCCUUACCCCACUUCCCUCCUUGCUCUAGUAGUCUCCAGUAUCUAUUGUUUCCAUCUUUAUGUCCAUGUGUACCCAAUACUUAGCUCCCUCUUAUAAGUGAGAACAUGCGGUAUUUGGUUUUCUGUUUCUGCAUUAAUUUGCUUAGGAUAAUGGCCUCCAGCUGCAUCCACUACCACAAAGGACAUGAUUGAUUUCAUUCUUUUUUAUUAUUGUGUAGUAUUCCAUAGUAUGUACAUACCAUGUUUUCUUUUCUUUUCUUUCUUUUUUUUUUUUAAACCCAGGGAAAACCUUUAUUUUUGUAUUUAGGUUCAAUGAAUGAACAGCCAUGCAGAAAUGUGAUUGGACACAAAGGAUCUGGCCUAACAGUGAUGGAUGGAGUGGGGAAACCUGGCAAGGCCACUCUGUACAAUUCCCCUUCCCCUGGGUAUGGGGCAGGACCCCUCGGGAAUGAGGGUCUUCCAGGGAGAAGGGAGAGAGUGACCUUGCUAGGUUUUAUGGCUGGCUUUGGGAGAGAGGAGUGCUGGUUUCUAUGACCUGCCUUGGGGAAAAAGAAUUGUGGUUUCUGUGACUCACUUUGGGGGAGAAAAGGGGGCAGGAACCAGGAGGGAAGGACAAAGACCUGGCUUCUGAGGCCUUCCAGUCUCCUCUGGGUCAGAAAAGUCCGCAUGCCAAGGUGCCAUACCUUGGGGUUUAAUGAGCCCUGACAGCAGGUCCUUGCAGAUUUCACAGGCAACUUGUGAUCCAAGUAAUUGGCUUUCAGUUCCCCAAUUUCAGAGGACUUUAGCAAAACCUGGUUGAAAUGGCCAAGUGUUAGAAGAACCUCUUCACAGUUGAAAUUCAUCGAGUUCUUUAGCUGAGGGCGUAAGAAUCCCAGAUGUAAGGUUAGCAAGAGUUAGGAGUUCUGGAGUCUUCCCUGCAUGCCCUGGCUCUUGAGCAUCAGUAGGCCAGAAGCUCACAUAUCUGAUCCUGCUGUGGUUCAGCAGGGAUGUGUUUUAGAGCAGCAUGUUCAGAAUGAAACUGGUGUACUUAGUCAAGCCUUGAGGGUCUUUUGAAGUCAUGCAUGGCCCACGCUGCCCUCAUGGGAACACAGGUGCUCCAGCACCUGAUGUGUUCAGGACUAGGUUGGGGGAAGCCUUAAUCCUGAAAACAUCCCCCUGCUGUCUAGACCAGCCUGCCCCAUGGCACUAUUCCAUAGUGUGCAUGUGCCACAUUUUCUUUAUCCAGUCUACCAUUGAUAGGCACUAGGCUGAUUCCAUGUCUUUGUUAUUGUGAAUAAUGCUGCGAUGAACAUAUAAGUGCAUGUAUCUUUUUGGUAGAAUGAUUUAUUUUCCUUUGGGUAGAUACCUAGUGUGUUAGUCCAUUCUCAUGCUGCUAUGAAGAAAUACCCAAGACUGGGUAAUUUAUAAAGAAAAGAGUUAAUCGACUCACAGUUCCGUAUGGCUGGGAGGCCUCAGGAAACUUACAAUCAUGGCAGAAGGCACCUCUUCACAGGGUGGCAGGAGAGAGAAUGAGUGCAAGCAGGGGAAAUGCCAGACACUUAUAAAACCAUCACAUUUCGUGAGACUCACUCACUAUCACAAGGACAGUAUGGGGGAAACCAUCCCCAUGAUCUAAUUACCUGCACCUGGUCUGGCUCUUGACAUGUGGGGAUUAUAGGGAUUACAAUUCAAGGUGAGAUUUAGGUAGGGACACAGAGCUAAACCAUAUAUCCUGUAAUGGGAUUGCUUCAUCGAAUGGUAGUUCUAUUUUUAGCUAUUUGAGAAACCUCCAAACUGCUUUCCACAGUGGCUGGACUAAUUUACAUUCCUACCAACAGUGUAUAAGCAUUCUCAUUUCUUUGCAACCUCACCAACAUUUGUUAUUUUUUGACUUUUUAAUAGCAGCCAUUUUGACUGGUGUGAAAUGGUAUCUCAUUGUGGUUUUGAUUUGUGUCUCUCUGAUUAGUGAGGUUGAACACUUUUGCAUAUGUUUGUUGGCUUCUCAUAUGUUUUCUUUUGAGAAAUAUCUGUUCAUAUUCUUUGCCCUCUUUUUAAUAGGGUUGUUUUUUGCUUGUUGAUUUAAGUUCCUUAGAGAUUCUAGAUAUUAGACCUUUGUUGGAUGCAUAGUUUGGGAAUAUUUUCUCCUAUUCUGUAGGCUGUCUUUACUCUGUUGAUAGUUUCUUUUGCUAUGUAGCAGCUCUUUAAUUAGGUCCCAUCUUUCAAUUUUUGUUUUCUUGCAAUUACUUUUGAGGACUUAGUCAUAAAUUCUUUACCAAUGCCAGUGUCCAGAAGGGUAUUUUCUACAAUUUCUUCUAGGAUUUUUAUAAUUUGAAGUUUUACAUUUAAGUCUUUAAUCCAUCUUGAGUUAAUUUUUAUAUAUGAUUAUAGGUAGAGGUCUAGUUUCAAUCUCUGUAUAUGGUUAGCCAGUUAUCCUAGCACCAUUUUGAAUAGGGAGUCCUUUCCCUGCUGCUUAUUUUGUUGACUUCGUCAAAGAUUAGUUGGUUAUAGGUUUGCAGCUUUAUUCCUGGGUUUUCCCUUCUGUUCCAUUGUUCUAUGUGUCUGUUUUUGUACUAGUAUCAUGCUGUUUUGGUUACUGUAGCUUUGUAGUAUAGUUUUAAGUUGGGUAAUGUGAUUCCUCUGGAUUUGUUCUUUUUUUUUUUUUUUUUUGGGAUACAGAGUCUCACUCUGUUACCCAGGCUGGAGUACAGUGGUGCCAUCUUGGCUCAAUGCAACAUUUGCCUCCCUGGUUGAAUCAAUUCUUGUGCCUCAGCCUCCCAGUAGCUGGGACUACAGGUGUGCACCACCAUGCCCAGCUAAGUUUUUGUAUUUUUUAGUAGAGACAGGGUUUUCCCAUGUUGACCAUGCUUGUCUAGAACUCCUGGCCUCAAGUGAUCCAACCACCUUGGCCUCACACAGUGUUGGGAUUACAGGAGAGAGCCAUCACGCCUGGCCUGGCUUUGUUGUUUUUUUAUUUGCUUCAGAUUCAAGCCUCUUUUUGGUUCAAUAUGAAUUUUACAAUGGUUUUUCUAAUUCUGUGGGAAAUAAUGUUGGUAGCUUGAUAGGAGUAAUGUUUAAUCUCUAGAUUGCUUUGGGUAGUAUGGACAUUAUAAUGAUAUUAAUUCUUCUAAUCCAUCAGCAUGGAAUGUUUUCCCAUUUAUGUCAUCUAUGAUUUCUUUCAGCACUGUUUUUUAGUUCUCCUCAUAAAGAUAUGUGACCUUCUUGGUUAGAUGUAUUCCUAGAUAUUUUUUUUUAUGGCUAUUGUAAAUGGGGUUGUAUUCUUGAUUUGGCCCUCAGCUUGAAUAUUAUUGGUGUACAGAAAUGCUAGCAAUUUGCAUAUUCAUCUUAUGUCCUGAAACUUUACUGAAGCCAUUUUAUAAGUUCUAGGAGACUUUUGGCAGAGUCUUUAGGGUUUUCUAGGUACAGGAUCAUAUCCUCAGUGAAUAGAGAUGAUAUGACUUCCUCUCCUAGUUCUAUGCCUUUUAUUUCUUUCUUCUGACAGAUUGUUCUUGCUAGGACUUCCUGUACUAUGUUGAAUAGGAAUGGUGAGAGUAGGCAUCCUUGUCUUGUUCCAAUUCUGGGAAUGCUUCCAGGUUUUGCCUGUUCAAAAAACUAUAUUGACUCAAAAAAAAAAAAAAAAAAAAAAAAAAAAAAAACGGAACUACUCACAUAAGCUAUGUUUAAGGGUAUGACUCUAAGAAGGGUUUAAAUCAUUAAAAACUUCGUUACAAAACAAAAAAAUUAUAGCAAUAAAUGAAUUGAUUACUCAGUUACAUAGGAUCUUGCUACAUAAAAAGUGUUCUUAUAUAACACUAUGGCAUGCCAGGCAAUGUUCUCAAUU